CUUUCACAUCACCCCAUUGAUGUGUCUUUAGUUUUAUUGAAAUUUUCCCUGUUUUCUGUUUCCGCUUUUCCCUUGUUAAACCUCUCGGACUUUGAUGCAACUGCCAAUCAAGGUCCAUUACUGGUAGAGGUUUACUGCGAUCAGCUUCAUACUAAGGCAAUAUCAUCAUGGCAGACAAUCUCCCCAAACUCCCCACAAGCCAUUCUCGUCUUCCAUCGUGGAUUCAGGCCUAUCCGGAUACUCCAAUCUCCGACUUAAUUCAGCCGUUUAAUGAAUAUGAGGCCGAGAUUCGAAAGCUCUUCGCUCAGGAGCCAUCGAACCCCAUCCUGCAGACCAAUGACUUGAACGUGGUCCCUCUUUAUGGACAUGAUGGCUCGACCGAUGUUCGUAUCCGAGCACGCAACCCGUCGGCGGAGACCCAGGAGACUCGGGACAAGUACAUGAUUCCUCUGAAGGCGGAUCAGCGCAAGCCUCAUGGCUCGCCCGCAGUGGUCCCCCAACUGGAGGAAUUCCGGCACAAUCUCAGCAUCUUCUCCGAGGCCGCCUUGAGUGAGAUGGACUGGAGUAACGUCGUGGUUGCGGGGAGUGCCGUGGUGACCUCGUUGUUGCCUGUCCCCGAGAAGUACCGCGGAUCAAAGCGGUUACUGCGGGAAUACUAUCACGAGAAGUUUACUCCAGCAUCGGAUGUGGACCUGUUUCUCUACGGGUUGACGGAGGAGCAGGCCAUUGACAAGAUCAAGCAGAUCGAAACCAAGAUCAAGGAUGCUAUCAUCUACGAAACCACAUCGGUCCGCACCAAGAACGCCAUUACGAUUGUGUCGCAGUAUCCCACCCGUCAUGUCCAGAUUGUUCUGCGCAUUUACAAAUCAGUGUCCGAGAUCUUGACGGGAUUCGAUGUGGACUGCUCCUGUGUCGCGUUUGAUGGCAAGCAGGUCUAUCUCGCUCCGCGGGCCCUCGCGUCGUAUAUCACGCAGGCCAAUCAUAUUGAUCUGACGCGGCGGUCGCCAUCUUAUGAGAAUCGUCUUUCGAAAUACUCCCGUCGUGGCUUCGAGAUCUUCUGGUCAGAACUCGAGCGGUCACGCGUCGACCCGACGAUUUUCGAGCGAAGUUUUUCACGGACCCUCGGUCUUGCCCGUCUCCUGAUCCUGGAGCACCUGCCGACUUCGUCCGACCGUGAUUCGUAUCUCGACCAGAGAAGGAAGGAGCGAGGCCGUCCUGCAAAGGAAUCUCGGUACCGAAAUAGCACCAUGAGGGACAACAUUAAAGAUAACUUUGAAGAUGAGGUUGCCGACUGGGCGGACGGGGAUGAAGUGUCGAAUUAUAACACCUUCACCAUCCCAUAUGGCCCGAAAUUCAAUGCAGCCAAGGUCGAGCGACUGUUAUUCCAGAAGGACCUGCUUCUCAACAGCGAAUGGAAUGAAAAUAAAAACCGGGAUGUCAACCUCCACCGGCAUCCUGUAUUUUUCGGGGAUGUCGAGAAUAUCCUUCAAGACUGCUGUGGUAGCUGCCCUGUUCCGGUGACGGACGAAGAGAAGGAGGUGGCCGAACAAGAAGGGAAGACGCAUGUAUCUGGCGAUGUCUCUUUCAUCAAGGACAAUCCGGGCCGCCAGGAGAUUGGAAGCUUUAACCCGAUCACCGAUCUCGAUUGGACAGAAAUGGCCUACAUUGGCAGCACCGAGAGUCUCUGCCAUGCGAUCGUGAACCUCGAUCUUGAGGGGGUGAAGGAAUGGCUGGCACAGGAGGGUGCCGACCCCGAUACUCGCGAUUAUACCGGCCGCAUGCCUUUGCAUCUGGCCAGCUUGACAUCCACCCCUGCCAUCGUGCAAGCCUUGGUCGAUCACGGGGCGCGGAUCACACCGCGCCUUGUAGACGGACGCACCGCACUACAUAUAGCCGCCGAGCGAGGGAGUCUCGAAAUUGUCCGCAUUCUCAUGACGAAGAGCAAAGAAAACGAAGCCGCCGCAGAGAAAGACUGCCUAGGACAGAUUCAAGAAGUCAAACAGGAACAUGACGAAUCCGGUCAGGAUGAAUCCGAUCCGGCUGGUGCCCAACAGCACAAGUCCGAUCCGGCCGAUCCCGAGCGAGCCGGGCCCGACGACGACGUGGUUGAUACCAGCGAUAAUGAUUCGGACACUAUUGGAUCCUUCGUGAAGGUGAACGAGGAUGGCGAAAUGGAAGUGUCUGAGAGCGAUGACCAGGACGGACCCGACAUCUACGAUGUAAAUGCGCUCGCCUGGGACACCAAUUCCUCGCCACUCCACCUGGCCAUUGUAAACGGGCAUGUGGACAUGGUCGAGGAGCUGGUCAGUUGUUUUGGCGCUGACGUCUUGCUGCCCAUAAAAUUGCUCGAGCAUGGGUACUACGGGACCAGUCCACGAGGAGCCAUCUUGUCUCUAGUGCUGGCCCUAUCUCUGCCAUCGGAAAAGGCAAUGCCAAUGGUAGAGAAGUUGCUGCAACUGGGAGCGACGCCAACCCAAGCGGAUCUCGGGCACAGGACCCCUAUACAUUAUGUCGCUGCUUCUAAGCAUGCGGGACUGUUGGAUGUCUUCACGCGGCUCAGCCCAUCUGCCACCCUCAAAGCCAUCAACUAUGUUUCCUUUACCAGAUGCAGAUGGAGGGAUGUCACCGCGUUUACACCGUUGAUGGUAGCCAUCAGUGCCCGAAAUACCGAUGUCGCGAUCAGGACGCUCGAGAAUGGCGCCGCCCUCUCAGUCGACUUCGCCAAAGAGGCCCAAUAUAACGUGAAGAAGUUGGGGAUGAGUGAACCCGAAAAAACGUUCGCCUGCGAAUGCUCUCAGCCUAUCGUCCUUGCCGUUUUGAAAGAUCUACCCAGGCUGGCCCUAGAGAUGGUGACACGAGGCUGCGACCCGAAUACGCUGACCCAAGAAGGCCAUGAAACCAGGUAUCAACCCGAGAAGACCAUCCACGAAAAAGAUCUCUAUAAACCCCGGACUCUUUUAGAAGUCGUGCGAGAACAGAUCCAGGAGGUCCGCUCCCGUGCAACCAAGCCAGGAAACAGCAAGCUCCCUCGUCCGCUUCCAUCCGACGAGGUUUGUUUAGACGACUUUCUAAUGGGCUCCUACAAGAGGUGGCACGCAGUGCACAAACUGAAAGAUGCGCGAUUGAAUUACAAUAGAACGCUCGGAGCAUGUAAAGCGAUGAUGAAAGCGAAUAACUGGGAGAGCUACGUGAGGCAACGUACCAUUUUCAAACAGAAACUCGAGUUGUACGAAAAGCUCGAGAACGCGUUGCUGGACAGAGGCGCCAAGACCUUUCUUGAGCUCUUUCCUAACACCGAAACGGUUUACGAAACGCGUCGUUCGAAAAAGACCAAAAAGAAAUCCCCUAAAAAGCCCUUCCAGGCAAACUUUCUCUUCAUGGGGCAACAAAGCCAAUUCAGCUUCAGGCCGCCACACAUGGAUAAGGAGGAGGUACGCGGAUACUUCGAGUUAUUCGAGGCGGCGUGGCGGGGUGACCUGAAUACGGUCAAAAAGCUCACCCUGGCAAAAUGGGGAGAAGGUGGCAAGAAAGACCCUCUUCUGAUCUCAGGCUACGAAUACCAUAUGAAUAUGACGCCAUUUACCAUUGCCAUCGUACGAGGACAUCGCGCACUAGCCCGGGCCAUGCUCGAAAUUGGCCAAAUCCAAUACAACCCGCGAAAAGAAGAAGCCACAAAUGUGCGAUACCGGAUCAACGACGACCUUGAGAUAUGCAGUGAGGUGGUUGAUGACCAAUUCACCGUCGAGGAGAUCGGCGAGGCGGUUACACAGAUCGAGUGCGACAAGACCGCCAUCUCGAUGAUGCAACAUCGGUUCUAUGGAUUUUUGUUUACCCAGGAGCAUUCGGAUGUAGCUGCGAGAGGUCAAACCGUCGACGAGUUGAGACACUCGACCGGGCGCGGACACGAGGAUGUAUUUGAGUACGCCGUUGAAAGGGACGAUGUGGAACUGCUCGUUUUCCUGCUGGAACUGGCUGAAGAGGCUCAACGCCGUGGCCCAGACAGCGAGGCCACUUACUUCAGCGUACCGGAAUCACUCGUGGACCUCGCGAUUCGGAAAGGCCGACUCGGAUGUCUCGAGGAGCUGAUCAAGCGGACGGGGGCGCAACUUCCGAUUGACGCCCUGGUCCACCAAGCGGGGAUCUGGAUCAAAGAGAAGCCCAAGUAUUACGAAGGACUCUCGGUCCGCGGGACGAAGCGAGCGGAUUGGGCGGGUCGCGAAGGCGAGGAGAAGAACACGGAUAUGGGGGUCUCCCCGCUGUUGACCGCGGCGUGGAAAGGGAGCCUGAAGAGCACAGAGUGGUAUCUCAGCACGGCGCCGGCCCGCUACUAUCUGGAGUUCGUGCAGAGACACACAGACGACAAACGGAUUGGCUUGUUGGCGCAGUCGGAGAAAGGCAUUGAGCGUCCUCUGAUGGGGUGGCUGAACGCGGGCAAACAUCUCGUUCUACACUGUGCAAUUGGCAGCAAACCGACCGAGGAGUCCCGGCAGCUGAUAGAAUACCUACUAAGAGAAAUGCCAGGGUGUCUGGAGACGAGAUGCUGCCGGGGCUACACGCCGCUAGGCGUAGCAUUCGCCUUGUCGCGGGUACAAGCGGCUGAGAUGCUAGUCCAGGCCGGAGCAGACCAGACGGUUCGAGGCGUCACCGGAAACAAUCUACUGCACCUGCUCCUCUGCGACUUUGACGGGCGAGAGCGCAAAGGGCCGCGGUACAUGGACGAAUUGCUGGGACUCCUGGACCGCAGGCUGAUUCCAUCCUUGCUGACGGAGAGAUCGAAGGACGCGCCUGGCUCCCUGACGCCGCUCGCCCGGUGGAUGCACACAUCUUACCCGUUUUCUCGUUGGUCGGACCCGUACACCGACUACGUUUACGCGGAACUUAGCGGCGAGGUGGCCGUGUUCCGGAAGGUGCUGGAACUGUCGCAGUCAACGGGGCAACAGAGGCAGCUCGAGCUCAUCGACGGCACGGGUAACACGCCGGUGCACCACGUGGCGAAGCUGCAACUGCGCCAGACCUUGGGGCUGAUACUCGACAUCCGGCCAGACCUGAUCCACCGCGAAGACGCCAACGGCAUGACGCCGCUGGAAGUCGUCAAGCAGCUAUGGACCGGAGAAGUGACGGCGAACGAGCCGUGGACGGAAUUCUCGAAGCGCGGCACAACGAGCACUAACAUGGACGAGUGCGACCCCGAGUGCCGCAGCAACCGACAGAUCACGUACGACGUGUGUCAGGCGCGGGCAGCGCAGAACCCGGGGAAGCGCAAGCUCGUGAGUCUGCACGAUGCGAAAGAGGUGAUAAAACGGCUGGCAGUGCGGCAAGAUGAGGGGGAGCGGGGGUGGGAGCGGCCGAAGGAGGACUGGGAGGAGGAUGAGGAGGAGGAGAAGACCUCUGAUCCGCGCGAUGCGAUGCAACGGUUGCAAUUUGAUCAAGUCAACACGAAUGAAAUUUAUCCCGACAACAUAUCUAAUUCGGAUGAUUCUGAUUCGGAUGGGAUUGAGUUGGGUGAGUAUGAGAGUGAAUCCGAAUACACUGAUGCAUCUACAUAGGAUAGUCUUGAGACGUCAGCCAUAUAGCGACCAAUGCGU